AUGACGCAAGAGGAACGCGACGGACUGAGAGAACUUCGUCAUGACCCCAGUGUAGUGAUAAAGCAAUCCGACAAGAGCAAGAAGCUAGUAGCUAUGAAACAGGAACUCUACCUGGAGAAGGCAGAGGCACUUCUGUCUGACAGCACUAUGUACAGAAAAGUGGAUCUAACUAUCACUGCGUAUGAGAAAGAGGUUAAAUCCAUACUGGAAGAGCAAUGCACGAAUAUGGAUCCUGAUCUUCUGACUGCAAUACUCCCUCAUGACACACGAUUCCCGGAACUAUACGGUCUUCCAAAGGACCACAAGCAAAAUUUGCCCCUCCGACCUGUUGUCUCUGCUUGUGACAGUCCAGUCACAGGAAUUUCGGUGGUUCUCGAACGCAUAUUGCAUCAACUGCUUGCAUUUGUCCCAUCGCACCUCAUCAACACCAAAGACGCGCUAGACAAUAUCCGCACCAUAUACCCUGGCCUUAAAGCACCUGCUGGAACGAUUCUGGCUACGAUGGAUGUGGUGGGUUUGUAUCCCAGCAUACCGAUCGAAGAGGGCGUGAAUGCCGUUAGUGACGUGCUAGAGCAACACCAUAACAGAGUUGAUAUGCUCGGGCUGAGCGUGACCCAAGUCAGGACACUACUGAAGUUUGUUCUGAGUCAUAACUACUUCAGAUUAGGCAGACAGAUCUACCACCAGCUAGAUGGGGUUGCUAUGGGGAACAACCUGGCACCUCCAUUUGCCAUCAUGUUUAUGCACACCAUUGAGACACGACUUCUUCAGGACUCACCCUUCCAACCUAUUCUGUUCAGACGAUACAUUGACGAUAUCAUCAUCCUAUGGACACACGGUAGGCAGCGCCUUCUGGAGCUCAUAGAAAGAUUCAACGCCAGCCACGAACGUAUCAAAGUUCACGCAUGA